GGCGCCUGGCUGCGGAGCUUGAGCGGCGGUGACGGGGUUGUCAGCGGCCGUUUCUUUCUCUUUCCCGGCAUCAUGGAGCUGCGAGCCGAGCUCUUGAAGUCCAUCUGGUACGCCUUCACCGCCUUGGACACCGAGAAGAGCGGCAAAGUCUCCAAGUCGCAGCUCAAAGUGCUUUCUCACAACCUGUACACUGUGCUUUGCAUCCCCCAUGAUCCUGUGGCCCUGGAGGAACAUUUCAAAGAUGAUGAUGAUGGUCCAGUAUCAAGUCAAGGAUACAUGCCAUAUCUCAACAAAUACAUCUUGGACAAGGUAGAAGAAGGUGCCUUUGUGAAGGAGAGUUUUGAUGAGCUUUGCUGGACGUUGACAGCAAAGAAGAAUUACAAGCCAGACCGGAAUGGGAAUAGUGUUGUAUCCCAUGAAGAUGCCUUCAAGCUCUGGUGUCUCUUUAAUUUCUUAUCUGAAGACAAGUACCCUCUUGUUAUGGUGCCAGAUGAGGUGGAGUAUCUCUUGAAAAAGAUCUGCACAGCCAUGAGUAUUGAGUUCAACAGUGGAGAGCUGGAUGAUUACCUUUCUCAAGAGACUCAACAGCAAAGUGGUUUGACGGUUUGGCAAUUCCUUGAUCUGGUAAAUUCAGGCCGGUUCCUGCGGGGAAUAGAGCGUGAGGCCAUCAGUAUGGCCAUUGAAGAGGUCUACCAGGAGAUCAUUGGAGAUGUGUUGAAACAGGGCUAUCUGUGGAAGAAAGGUCACCUGAGGAGGAACUGGUCAGAGCGAUGGUUCACCCUGAAGCCCAGUGAUCUCUCUUACUACAUGACCGAGGAACGGAAGGAGAAGAAGGGAAGCAUUUCUCUGGACAGAAAUUCCUGUGUGGAGAUUUUACCUGACAAAGAUGGAAAACGGUGUAUGUUCUGUGUGAAAACAGCUUCACGGACAUAUGAAAUGAGUGCUUCGGACACCAGACAAAGGCAAGAAUGGACACUUGCCAUUCAGAUGGCAAUUCGUCUCCAGGCUGAGGGCAAGAAGUCUCUCCACAAGGAUUUAAAGCAGAAAAGGCGAGAGCAACGAGAGCAGCGAGAGCGCAAGAAGGCCGCUAAGGAGGAAGAAUUGCAGCGCCUCAAGCAGCUGCAGGAAGAGAAGGAGCGCAAGCUACAGGAGCUGGAGCUGUUGAAGGAAGCUCAACGGCAAGCUGAGCUUUUGCUCCAGGAAGAAGAGCAGCGACGCCAGCAGCAACAUGAAGAAAUGCAAAAGAUGUUGGAGAUACAAUUGCGGGAAGCAGAACAGGCUCGUGCUUCCAUGCAGGCUGAGAUGGUUUUGAAGGAGGCAGAAGCAGAACGUCAGCGUAAGCGCAUCAUAGAACUGGAAGAGAUGCAACAGCAACUUCAAGAUGCACUGCACCAGGAGGUUAGAGCUCGCCAGGAUGAAGAAGCUCUAAGAUAUGCACAGGCCAGGCUGCUGGCUGAAGAAGAGGAAAAAUUGAAGCAACUGAUGAAGUUGAAGGAAGAGCAAGAAGAAUACAUCAUCAGGACUCAGCAUGAAAAGCUGGUCCUGAAGCAAGAGAUGGAAAAUAAGAGCAAAUUUCUGGAAGAUGCCCAACAGCAGCUAGAAGAAGUGAGAUUUAACAGAGAGAGAAUGGACCAGGAUGUUAUGCUGGCCCAGCGGAAACUCCAACAAGCCAGUACCAAUGUAAAGCACUGGAAUGUGCAGAUGAAUCGACUAAUGCACCCCAUUACACCAGGAGAGAAGCGUACCACAGUGACCACUGGAGGGUUCUCUGGCUUUAGUCCUGCACUUCUUUCCAGGAGAGAUUCCUCUCUCAAACUGAAACAGAAUUUGGAAAAGAAGAAAUCUGAUGCUAUAAAAAAUGAGGGGAAGGAAAAUAUAAAUGGAGAGAUUGAAAAACAGCAGCCAGUGCCUGAAGAGGAUGAUCCUACCUCAAAAAUCCUCUGAUUAGCAACAGGACAGAGGCAAGCCUACUUGUUUAAAUAUAGAGGCCAAGUAGUAAACAUCGUAACAGCUUAGCAAUAACUAUAGUGCCUAUAGAUUUGAAAACUGGACAGAUGUAAAGACUACAUAGGAAAGACAAUACAGGGAUUGCGGUGAUGAUUCUGCUCUUUUGAGCCAAGGGCUACACGGACAACAUGCUUAUAGUAUAUUAGACAUAUACCUGAUGUAUUUGGACAAAAUGGAGCCCUCCUUUAAAAAAUCCAUGCCUCACUCAUACAGAACGAUUGGAUUACAGCUCUCCCUUGAUAUACCCAGUCCCGUUUGGCAAAUGGAGAAACGUCGUGAUCACAUUGACUGCACCAAACUAUGCUAUUACUUGCAUGAGGAAUUCCUAACAGCUGCUGUUGCUGGUAACCACUGCUGCAAUAUGUCAAGAUGCCUGUUUGUCUUUAUAAAUUGUAAAAUAUACCUUUAUAUAUAUAUAUUGCUUUGAGAUAUAAAAAGACUGGAUCCUGUUCUUUUGGGGUCAAUACUGUUAAUUUUCUGCCUUAGAGCUUUCAUUAAUCUUUUUCCCCCCUUGAACAAAAGGAAAAAAAACAUUGCUGAAUAGAAGAUAUCCAAGAAUUAACAUUUAUACUGGAUUCGGAAAAUACUUUGUGCCUGACAUAAAAUUUGAGUAGGAUAUGGAAAAGUUACUUUUCUCAGCAAUAAUUCCUCAAAUUCCCAGCCAGUGUCUUGGAAUUGUUGCGACCAAAAAUAAUUUUUCCAAGCUCUGCAAACUUUUCUCAAUUUUUUGAGACUGGAAGCUUAAAAUAAGUGGCUGUAGAAGGAUGGAUACUUAGUUGGCUGUACUAAGUGGCUAAGUAGCAUAUAAUAUGCAUUUUACAUUGAAUUUUUUUUUAUUUUUCAUUAGAAGACUUUGUGAAUAUGUCCAUAUGUGUAUUUUUUAUUUUUAUUUUAGGAGCCAAAGUACUUAGAAGAGAGGGUGCUUGGAGGAGUCGGCAUAACUUUUUGGAGAUGGGAUAUGAACACUGUGACUUUGAUGGGGUCAGAGGUGUACAAACAUUACCCUAAGAAGAGUUUCACAGGAAAAAAACACUGUACAUAGAAUCUUCAAAGAUAGUAGCAGAAAUGAAAGUGAACAAGGAGAAGGAAGGCAUCAUAAUAGUUAAGAGCUUGUGAGGGAAGGAAAAAGGAUUCCAUGUUAUGGGGCAAAAUUACAGCAUCUUUAAUUAAAUUGCAAAGAUCUAAACAUUUUAAUGCCAUAACUUCACAGUGUUGUAAUGUGAACCUAACCUCAUCUCAUCAGAAAUAAAUCCCAUUGACUCUAAUGGGGUUAUUCUCUAGUAAGUGUUCUUAUGACUGAAGUCUAAGGAUGCUUCUUAGACAAGCCUUUUAUCAUGGAAUCACUGUGUCUCAUUAAUGGAAUUUUAGUGUGGGUGGGUCCACACAUUGUUGUCUUUUGUUUACAGCCCAAAAUAUUUGUGUAACACAAUCUGCUGAAAGGGGAAAGAUGGAAUAAUUGCAUGGCGUGUGUUUUGACUUGUAGCACUAGAAGUUUUUCAUUUAGAAAGUAAUCUAGGAGUCUGGCAGAUAAAAACAAAGUGGUAUUAGAGAGCUGUUGCUACUUGUGUGUGUAGGCUCAUUCUUUUCUGACACUGCUAUGAAUAUUAAACAGGCUUUAUGGGGCUUUGAAGCACUAAAAAAAGUCCAGAAAACCUGUUCAACCAGGAAUGGUAGUGGGAUUACAUCCAAAUUAUAAACAAUUACAGAUCUGACUCAGAGCACUUGGGAGAAAUAAAUCAUUGGGAACAGAUGGCAUACCAAUAGAGCUGCUUCAAUCUGCAGAGACAGAGUCUAAUUUAGUUCUAAUUAAAAUCUAUCAACAAAUAAUGGAAAACAAAACAAUGAGCUACAGAUCAGAAAUUGUUAAUAUAAAUUUCAGUUGUCAGGAAAGGGUACCAGGGUUUGCAACAACCACAUGACCUUUGCAUUCAUUAGGAAAGAAAGAAGCACUAGGAAUCAUAUUGCAAAUAUAUGUUAGAUGGUAGAGCACACUAAGAAUUUUUUUAAAAAAUCAUGUGUUUUAUAGAUCAUAAAAAAACUUUUGAAUGUGUAGAUCAUGUAAAACUAUGGACUGCUCAUAAAGAAAUGGAUGUGCCACAACAUUUGGUUGUUCUGAUAUGUAACCUGUACUCAGUCCAAGAUGCUUGAGAAAAUCAGAAUGGUUUCCAAUUGAAAAGCAGGCCACACAUUUAAUCGCCGUAUCUGUUUAACUUGUACUCUGAACAUAUCAUAUGUAAAGCAGGAUUAGAUUUAGAAGAGGAGGUGUGAAAACUGGAGGGAGGAAAUCAGUAAUUUAAGAUAUGCAGAUGACACCAUACUAUUAGCAGAAAAUAGAAAAUAUUUGCAAUUAUUAGACAUGACCUUGAAGUGUAAAAAUAUAUCAUGGAAUAGCAAAGUGAGGAUUGUCCAUGACAUUUCUAUGUAUGUUUGUAAAAUCUAAUAAGAAGCAAAUGCAAUUCAUUUGAAAUGUGGUGUGGGAAAAGAUUUCUAUGGACAUUGUGAACAACUACAAAAGACCGAUAACUGGGUCCAAGAAUGAAUCAAGCCAAGAUGACUAAAUUGAGACUGUUGUAUUUUGGACUGUGUGGCCUUGAGAUUUCUUCCAACUCUAAUUUUAUGACCCCAUCAUGAAAAGAAAUGAUUCAGUAGAAACAACAAUAAUGCUUGUUAAGGCAGAAGGCAGUUGGUAAAGAAGACUGCAUUACUGAUGGAUAGAAUCAUGUAAGCAACACCCCAGAGUUUUCAAGACCAGAGUAGGGCUGUUGAUGAUAGAGUGACACGAGGGGGGGGGGGUCUCAUUUAUGGUGUCACCGUACAUGGAAGUCAUAUUGGUGGCAGCUAACAACAAAGAGAUUGGACAUGUGACAUUCAGCUCUUAAAAUACCAUCUCUGGCUCUAAUAAAAUUCAGUUUAAAGAAGAGAAUACCUCAAAGGAGCUAGAUCUCAUCUGAUUUUGGAAGCUAGCUAGCUAGGGUCAGAGACCUCAGUGAAUACCAAUGAAUGCCGUAGGCUACAUUUCAGAGGCAAGAACUGGCAAAACUACUCCAUGCCUAAGAAAACCCUACAAAAUUCAGGGAUCACCAUAAGUCAUCAUGUGACUUGAAAAAAAUCAGACUUUUUUUCCCUUCUCAGGAAAUGAAAUUGAACACAUCUUCCUUUCUACAGUAUUUUGUGUUCUCAGAGAAUGUGGAACUUCUGAAAGUUCCGCUGAAAUUUCUCUGAGCAAAGCUGCAGCCUUUCUCAUAAUUUCUGGUUCUACUAAUGUUCACUGGAGAAGAAACUCCUUGUGUCAGCACUAGCUACAACUUUCUGCUGAUGACAUUUUCUGCUGGAAAACCACAGAGCUACUUGUUCUAUAACCACUUACCCAGUUGACUGCGGAAACACUUUUUAAGUCACACCUAUCCUUUCAGAACAAUCUUCGGAAAUUCAAAAUACUAAAACAUAUCAAUACAUAUUAGAUGGGAAAUGGGACAGUUACUAUAAUUUCCCUGACUUUUUGUGUUUUUAAACUCUCCAGGUCAUUGUGUGCCACAAUCAAUCUGCUAGUAUUUAAGGUACUUGUGGACCCUUUUUAUUGUAACAUCACCUGACCCAAUUGGUGAGAUGAGACUACUGAUUAUUUGGAUUCCUUCCCUGCAGAAAGGAUAAUUAGAAACAAUAAAAGAGAGAGUGUACUUUCUUAAUUUGCUUCAACUUUUCUACAGUACACAAUGCUUGUGCUCCAUCAGAAGGGAGGGGGAAGACAGAAAAUUAUUGGAGUCAAAUAAUAUACCGGUAGAAGUUAAAUUGUGUUAGGUUGGUAAAUCACAAUGUAAAGCUAAGGUAUUGGCCAGCACUUUCCCACAAGUAGAAUCAAAUUCAAUUUACACUUUUAAUGCCUGGAAGUUUUUAUUUUGUUUUUAAAUAAUCUUUAUUGUGAUUUUCACUAUAACAACGAAAGGGGGGGAACAAUCGGUGUGAUAGAAAGAUUGGAAAAUUGAUAGAUUGGUAUGCAGACAUGGGAGGGGGGGG